CAUACUGCCAUUGCUAUAGCUACCAAUGUUAUUAUUGGUGGUGGUUCGAAUCGGUUCGAAUCAAAACAUAUCACUAGCCGAAACUCUGUAAUAAGAGAAUCUGGAAAAGCCAAAAUUAUUCUUGCAAUUCCCAAAUAUUUUGGCAACAUUUUG